CUCAUCGAUCAAAAUAGUACUGCGCCAUCAUUUACAUAUUUUCCAGAACAAGCACUCGCGGUAUCAAUCUGCUUAAAGUGCAAAAUGUCAACUAGUACAAACACAAGCACAAGUACCAUAGAGCUCACCGCUCUGCCUCGCGAGCCUUCGCCAGUGCAAAAGAACACCUUUGAUCGUGGCCGAACCCUUGGCGAUGAUCCAUUUGCGUCUGUGGCAGCGAGCGACCGAAUUGCAGAUGAGUGCGCGACGCCCCGGGAUGCAUCGCCAGCAGCGACAAUUGUCCAGAAAUGGACGGACCCUGGGAAUGCAGUGCGUGUCUUUGCUUCGUUUUGGUCGCUCUUUGUUAUGGGCGCCAACGACGCAGCCUACGGCGCUAUUCUCCCAUCUCUCGGCACAUACUACAACCUCACCUACACUGUUGUCUCGCUCGUCUUCUUAUCCCCUUUUAUUGGCUACGUCGCAUCGGCUCUCUUGAACAACGCUAUUCACCUCAAAUAUGGCCAGCGCGGAAUCGCAGUCAUUGCAUCAGGAUGUCACAUACUUGCAUAUGCCAUUAUUGCAGCUCACCCACCUUACCCUGUUCUCGUAUUGUCAUUUAUUCUGGCUGGUUUUGCCAAUGGUGUCGGCGAUGCUGCGUGGAAUGCGUGGAUGGGCAAUCUCGCCAACUCUAGUGAGCUUCUGGGCCUCUUGCACGCCUGUUACGGUGUCGGAGGUGUGGUGAGUCCAUUGGUAUCUACAUCGAUGAUUUCCAAGGGAAAUCUCCCAUGGUACAGCUUCUACUUCAUCAUGAUUGGCUUUGCAGUGAUUGAACUCCUCGCUACCACUGCGGCGUUCUGGACAUCAAACGGACCAAAUUACCGACUGCUACAACAAAGUCAUUCGUCCGAGAAUCAUGAAGAUAGUCUGUACAGUGUACUAUUCACUAUGCCUUCUGCGCGAGUUGGGUGGACUGCGUGUGCCUUCUUGCUCUGCUAUGUUGGUGCUGAAGUCAGUCUUGGUGGAUGGAUUGUGGAAUUCAUGAUCAAUGUUCGCCAAGGCGACAAAUUCUCCAGCGGUAUGUCGGCUACUGGAUUUUGGCUUGGAAUAACCGUUGGCCGUGUCGUUCUUGGUUUUGUGUCUCCUCGCAUCGGCAUCAAACUGGCCACAUCGAUCUACAUUGCCUGCGCCGUUGGCCUAGAGCUCAUCUUUUGGCUAGUUCCACAGUUUAUUGUGUCCGCGGUGGCGAUUGCCCUGCAGGGUUUCUUCUUAGGGCCACUCUUCCCGUCCGUCGUUUUGGUGGUCAACAAGCUUCUUCCUCGACAUCAGCACGUCUCUGUCAUUGGGUUCGCUGCUGCUUUUGGAGGCUGUGGCGCAGCCGUCCUGCCGUUCCUUACUGGCCUGCUGGCUCAAGCCACUGAUAUUCAGGUCUUGCAGCCAAUUGUGCUGGCUUUGCUGGUUCUUUUGUUGGUUAUUUGGUUAUUGUUCCCUCGACUUGACAAACGCCGCGAUUAAAUUUUGUUGCUUUUUUAAUAUUUGUUCUUUAUUGAAUGGAUCGCAGGUAGUAAAUAUGCAUUACUUU